AUGUUCACCCAACGCCCCUCAUUCCGCUACAUAGCUACAGGCGCCCUGGUGUCUCUGUUCACCCUUACAUUCCUCAUUAUCGGCACUGGCACACCCCGCGAACUCUCAUCAAAAUAUAUUCUCAAAGCGCCUUCACGACCCUGUCCGGCCUCGAGUUUCUCGGGAAAUCAAAGCUGGGAUUUUGUCGUGGAGCGUGAUGGAAAUAACCACGGGCUGUCGGAGGAUCAAUGUCGCACUGCAUUCCCCAAGCUUUAUAAUGAACUUGACAAGUCUUCGGCUUUGAGAGCUGACCGUCAUUUCACAUACAAAGAGUUUGAUUCUCGCACUGUGGAUGAUGGUAUGGUCCGUGGUAUCAUUGAUCGCGGAGAGUUAUAUAUCGUCGACUAUGCCCCAAUGCCUGCCACAGCAACUCGGGCACGCGCAACACUCAACUCCCUCUACCGCGCCCUAACAGCCUUUCCAGACCGACACCUCCUCCCCAGCAUCGAAUUCACCUUCACAACAGAAGACUUCGCCGGAGAUCCAAAUGGCAGCGGACCCGUAUGGGCCUAUUCCAAGCGCGACUCUGACGUGUCAGUCUGGCUGAUGCCCGACUUCGGAUACUGGGCCUGGCCCGAGGUCCAAAUCGGCCCAUACCACGAAGUCCGCCGUCGCAUUGCAGCUAUCGACGAUGGCGAGUUCCAAGGAGACGGCACAUAUGUUCCUGGCUUGCAGUUUCAAGAGAAGAAGAAGCAGCUCGUGUGGCGUGGUAGUCUGGCAACAAACCCGCCCGUGCGGGCUAAGCUGCUUAAGUCUGCGUUGGAUCAUAGCUGGGCUAGUGUGCGGGUUAUUGACUGGGAUAAUGAAAAUGAUAUUCGGUUCAAUCUUCUGCCUAUCGAGGAUCACUGCCGGUAUAUGUUCCUGGCACAUGCAGAAGGCCGAAGCUUCUCUGGUCGUGGCAAGUACCUACUGAACUGCCGCUCUGUCGUCAUUUCGCAUGCGCUCGAGUGGCGUGAGGCUCAUCAUGCCGCGCUUGUAUCCUCCGGCCCAGACGCCAACUACGUUGAGGUUGACCGUGACUUCGCCGAUUUGCCGCGCAAGAUGGAGUAUCUCAUUGAUAACCCCGAGGUUGCCGAGCGCAUUGCUAAUAAUGCUGUGCGCACUUUCCGUGAUCGGUACCUUACCCCUGCUGCGGAGUCGUGCUAUUGGCGUCAGUUGGUGCGACAGUAUGCUGCUGCUUGUGAUUUCGAGCCGGUCUUGUUUUCGACUACCCGUGAUGGGAAGACGCAGCCUCGAGGUGUGCCCUAUGACACUUGGCUACUGAUGCAUUGA